UGUAUUUUUUUCAUUUACAGGGACCUCUACGCAACAUGCCAAUCUCAGAUUUCCGAAAAAAGAAGCUUCUCUAUGUAUUCAAUGUAUUCUUUGACGUGAAUCAAAGUGGAACCAUCGAUAGGAAAGACUUUGAACUUGCGAUAGAGAAAAUCUGUUCACUUCGAGGCUGGCCUUCUGGAAGUCCACAAUAUACGAAAACAUUCGAUAGUAUGAUCACAAUAUGGGAGGGAUUGAAAAAGAGAGCUGACUCGAAUAAAGAUGGCCAGGUUAGUGUGGAAGAAUGGGCCUCAAUGUGGGACGAAUACGCCAAAAACCCAGACAACGCCCUAGAGUGGCAGACGCAGUAUUUGCGCUUCAUGUUCGAAUUAGAAGACGCAAGCGGAGAUGGCACUAUCGACGUUGACGAAUUCACCAGCGUCUGUUCCUGCUACGGACUCGACGUGGCUGAAUGCAGGCUGGCCUACCAAAGAAUGGCUGAGGGUAAACAAGAGGUCACUUAUGAUCAGUUCGUCGCUCUUUGGAAGCAGUUCUUCACAUCUGAAAACCCAUCUGAUCCUGGCAACUUCAUCUUCGGCAAAACCAAAUUUUAA